UCCUCGACCACUGGCAUCAUGAGUAAAGCAUCCUUCAAGACGUCGGCUCCUCCAUCGCCUGACGAAGCCUCGCAAACACCUGUCGCCGGUGCAUCGUCGUCAGCUCUACCUCUGCCUCCUUCCUUGACACUGCGUAGUCGCUCAUCGACAAAGACAAGUCAUCCUGCUGCUGAUGGCGCGUCUCCCAUCGAGCCAUCCCUCUCUCGCCGUCGCUCCUCGCUGCUCUCAUUCUCGAGCUUGGACGACACGCGACACUCGGCCGGUGACUUCAUCCGUCCAUCCCUAGGUCUCGACGAUGAUGACUCGACCGCUCCAGAGGACUUGUCGCACUGGCACAGCUCGCCCUUGGCCUUUGCUUUUCUCCCCGCCCUCGCCGGCCUGUUCUUCACCAAUGGAAGUGCUUUCGUCACUGACAUCAUCCUACUUGGCCUAGCUGCUCUGUUCCUCAACUGGAGUGUCAGACUACCCUGGGACUGGUAUCGUUCAGCUCAGGCUCAGUUCACUCUGGACCAAUUGAGCAAGCAGGAUCCGACUGAAGACGACCAACAACCCCCAUCUCCCGAGCGAGCACAACCAGGUCAAGAGCAGGAAGAUGCGGCGGCUAGUCUCCGCCAACACGAGCUCCUUGCUCUAAUAUCUACCUUCUUGUUUCCUGCAGGUGCUGCCUACCUUCUGCAUGUCAUCCGUGGUCAGCUCUCGCGCCCGUCAGAAGGUCUGGUGUCAGAUUACAACCUCACUAUAUUCCUUCUCGCUGCCGAGAUACGCCCCAUCAGGCAAUUGAUCCGCUUGUUCACCCAUCGGACCAUUCAUCUGCAGCGUAUUGUUCGUGGCAACAACGACUCCUCGGCCAUGAGCAGGAAGGACAAGGCCAUUACAGAGCUUGCCUCACGCCUAAUCAUCCUUGAAGACAAGUUUGGCGAUCAACUGUCGUCUCCAGGCGUCUCAAUCGUUCAAAAGGAAGAAGUCAGUGCCCUUUCCAGUGACAUUAGAAAGCGUUACGAACCUCGUCUGGAUGCUCUAGAGCGUGCUGUCAGAAGAUAUGAGAAGCGAGCCACUACUCUGACUCUGCUCACCGAGCAAAGGUUGCAAUCUCUAGAAAAUCGUCUGCAAGAUGCUCUCAGUUUGGCUGCUGUCGCUGCUCAGUCAUCGAGUAAACCAGGCAUCGUAGCUGCCAUGCUGUCUACUCUAGCAAAGACACUAGCGGUACCUCUGGAACUUGUCUGGUUCGUUUUCGUGUGGCCAUUGAAGGUAACAGAGUCGAUGCUCAAGAAAGCUGGCGUCUUGGUUCUGGGCCCGUCAAACCCCCUCGUCGUCGUAACCAAGGUCGGAAAAGAAUAA